CCUCCUCUCCGCCCCGCCCCCUCCCCCGUCCCCGCCUCGGGAAGCGCCUUCGUGGGUCCCUCUCAGGCUCAGCGCCCUUCUUCGCCUCCACCGCCUCUCACUCCUCUGUCUCUCGCAACAGCAGCACAAAGCGAUUCAACAUAGCCAUCAGCAACAUCAUCAGCAGCAGCAUCAGCAGCCGCAACAUCACCAGCAGGAGCAGCAUUAUCAUCAGCAGCAGCAGCAUCAGCAGCAUCAUCAGCAGCAGAAGGAACAACAAAGCUGAUCGCCCGAUGGAGGCUCGCCAGUGUGAUGAUCUCUGAGCUGAGCCGAGUUCAGCCCGAGUCUGGGGCCCCCCACGAUUCAGCAUCAGCGUCAUCAUGCAGCCCCCCCCGCGGAAGGCGAAGGUGACGCAGGAGGUGCGGUGUGCACAGACGGAGCAGCUUGCCCGGCUCACGGCCAAACACCAGCAGGAGAGCGACCUCCUGGAGGACAUCCGGUCGUUCUGCAAGCAGCGGGCAGCCAUCGAGAAAGAUUAUGGACAGGGCCUGCAGAAGCUGUCCUCGCAGUUCCUUCGGAGAGAGUGGAGCGUGCAAGAACCGGAGGGAGUGAACAAUAGCGGCAGCAGGAGCGCGUUCGCCGUGUGGCGCCUCGUGCUGCUCGGCACGCUGCAGGCCGCCAACAGCCGCCUCGUGGCGGCCGAGAGCUACCGGAGCCGCGUGGCCGAGCCGGCCAAGGCGGCGCGGGCGGCGCGCGACGCCCAGCUCAAGAAGUGCUCGGACCGUCUGGUGACUCUGCAGGCUGAGCUCGCCGACACGGUGAAGGAGCUGGAGAAAGCCAAGAAGAGAUUCUCUGAGCUGGAGCGAUUGUCCAAUCAGACGCGAGGAAAGAGUGGGGACACUGAGAGCUGGCUCAAGCGGAGCGAGUUCAGCAGCCUCUUCCACUCCAAGGCGAGCCUGCAGAAAGCCAACGCCAGGAUGGUGGCGAGGCGGAAGGAGUGCCACGUGAAGCUGCGGCAGGCGCGGAACGAGUACGUGAUAAGCGUGGCGGGCGCCAACGCUCACCAGCAGCGCCACGCCAGCACAGACAUCCCCGCGCUGCUCUCGGCUCUGGAUGGCGACGUCUACGAGCGGCUGUGCGAGUAUUUCUGCGUGCUGGGCCAGACGGAGCUCGAGUCGUGCCAGAGCACGCAGGAGCCCUUCGUGGCCCUGCUGCAGGCCGCACACGGGGUGUCUCGCGAGCACGACCUGAAGCUCUUCCUGCGUGAGAACGCGGUGGUGACGGAGCUGCCGCCCUUCUGCGCGCACACCGGCGACGACGCCGGUCCCGAGCUGCUGGGCCCUGAGGAGGGAGCAGAGGAGGUCGACCAGAGCCUGGACAAGGAGGCCCGCAAGUGGGCCUCGAAGGUGGCACGCGACCACAAGGUCUCCGUACACGCCCAGUGGGUACUCCAGGAGCUGGAGGGGCAGAUAGCGGGCGCGGGGGGCCCGGGGGGAGUUCUGGAUCCGGCCGCCAACCUUGACCUGGAGGCAAAGAUGGAGGAAGCACGGGAGAGCAUCCGGAAAGCGGAGACGGACCGGCUCAAGGCCGCCGCGUGCCUCUCGCUGCUGCGGCGCGUCGGCGUCGACGUCGACCUCUGGCUCGACGGCGCCAUGACCAAAGCGACGGCCGAGCUGGAGAGCGAGCGGCGCGCGAGCGAGGCGCGGCGCAACAACGGGGAACUCUCGCCCACGGAGGAGCUGUCGCUGGGAGGAUACUACGAUGGCGAGGAGUUUGAGUCGGACACUCUGGAUGAGAGUGGCUCCUCACCCUCGGGGACCUGGCGGCAGUACCCACAGACGUGCCGCGUCCUCUACUCCUACCAGGCGAACAUGCCGGAUGAGUUGACGAUUGACAAGGAUGAGAUGCUGGAGAUCAUCGAGGACGGGGACAUGGAGGACUGGGUCAAGGGCCGGAACGCGGCGGGCAAAGUUGGCUACGUGCCGGAGAAAUACCUCCAGCCGCUGGAGCCCGGCGGGGGGGGCGGGGGGCCCGGGGGGGGGUUCGGGGGUGGCGGCGGGACCGGCGGUCUGCGUGGCAGCACGUCGGCGGACGUCAUCUCCUACACGUCGGGCAACUCCAUCGAGCCCGAGCUGCCCACCGAAGCCUCGCUCGGGGUGUGGCUGGCACGGGCGCUGUACGACUACGAGGCACAGACGGAGGACGAGCUCUCUUUCCCCGAGGGUGCCAUCAUCCGCAUCCUGCACCGCGGCGGAGCCGACGAAGAGGUGGAGGAGGGCGACGUGGACGACGGCUUCUGGAAGGGCGAGCUCAACGGCCGUGUCGGCCUCUUCCCCUCGCUCGUUGUCGAGGAGAUGAACUCCGGCGCCGGCGCCGAGGGCAGCAGCGGGGGCAGCAGGAGCCCCGACGAGGAGCGCCGGCCGUCCCCGCUGUCGCCCGCCGCCGGCCUGUCCCGCUUGUUGAGGCCGGUUUCAUUGGCGCACAGCGGCCCCCCGAGCCCCGAGGUGCUCCGGCCGACCCGGCCUCCGCGGCCAGCCUCCGCCAUCAUCGCUGGAUCGAGCGGAUGUGCCAACGGAGACAUAGGAGGCGCGUUUCGGCUCCCGCCCGUACAGAGACCCUCCCUGCGGCCGGUCAGGGCAGCUCCCCCGCCCCCAACAAAGAAGGCCGCCGCCCUGCAGGAUGAAGGCUUAGAGGUCACGCUGGUGUGACCUCGCCGACCCCAUUUCGGGGUCAAAGUGUCAAUCGUCCUUGCUCUCCCCCCCUCGCCCGCUGGCCGGGAGAAGUGUCCCACGCAGGGGUCCCGCUGGGGGGGCCCCAGAGCCCCCCUGCCCCGCCCUCCAAUCUUCCUGUGGUUACCCGGGUCGGUGGGGAGGGGGUUACCCCCACCCCGAGCCGUGUGGAUGAACUCCCCACCGGCGGGACGCUCGAGCCGCCCAAGAAGCCCGUAGUCGCGGUCCGCCCCUCUGCGCGGCCUCUCGCUGAGGCUUUGUUGUCUGUGCUCUCAUAGCAAGUGUAAUAUAUUGUUACUAUAAUAAUAAUUAAUGUUAUAUCAUUACUGUUAUCGGUGCAUCGGUGGCUCAUACCUAGCCCCCCUCUCCACCCACAAAUUCUGCCAACUGCCAAAGUGGGGGGGAGGGGGACACCCAGGGGCAGCCCCCCCGCCUCCGCCACAAGCCAAGCUGUGCUUCCCCCAUCUCGCCCCCCCCUCCACCUCCCCCCGACCCUCAGCUCCCCUGCCAGCCUCUGCCACCGUAAAAAAAUAUAUCGUGGCAUUUGAGGCCGGUGGGAAGUGGCAUUUAGAGCGAGCAGGUGGCACGGCAGAUCUGAGUGGUGGCUCGAACUCGGCUCUCGCGGCCUUGGCCACUCGCCAGUGAUCAGCCCUCCCCCCCCCCGCCCAAGCAAGCCCCCCGCUUCCCUCUUCAUCCUCCUCGUCCUCUCUCCCCUACUAAUUCCACAUCCUCUUCCUCCCCCCUCCUCAAUUCAUAACCGAAGGAAAUUGGGACCAUGGGGGGGGGAUAUGGGUAACCCCAAAUGAACAGACAAAGAUCGCCUAUAUAGGCUUCAACAAACUGGCUGGGCAUGUGCUGUUGGCGAACACCUUUUAAGGACAAAGAGACGCACAAAGGGUUUGGGGGAGGUGGCCAGCACCACGCCCGGCCGCCUUUAUGUCCACCAGUGCCGAUGUUUACACACCGCACCAGCUAAUCAUUUAAGGCCGAGUCGACUUUGGGGAGGCCCUGCACUGGUUUAGAUAUUCAUCCCUGGUGUUGGCCGUGAGCAAUGGGAUCGAACUCGGGUUUGUCCGAGUUCGUAGCGCAUGGCACCUACGACAGCCCCACCGCUCGCUCCCCCACCCUAACCACAUCCUCAACCGCCAGCACCGCCACCGCUACCAUCGAGAUGGCUGCGCCAAACGCAGUGGGUGUUGACAGUGGUGAGCAGGCAUGGUGCGACGACACUCACCACAUGGCUCUCCGUGCCUUGCACCGCGUUCUCCGCAUUGCACGACAACCUCGCCCCAUCGUCUCUGGAUUUUCAAGCAAACGUUGGGGGUCCGUCUUGUAACCCGGUGGGCGUGGGGCGUGUGUGUGUAGGUGCUCGCUUACAGCACUGAUGUGUCUCUGUGUGGGUGUGGGGAGCGGUGGCACAGAGGUUGGCACACUCGCCCUACGAACCCGGCGACCACCGGUUGUGUUCCUCCUCACGGUUUAAUUUUGACGAAUAUCUCCAAAGGGUCUUGAGCACUCCCCUAGGUCGACUCCGUUGUACCGGGAAGACAAAGGCUGCCGGGCAUGCGUGGUGCUGGCCACCCCCACCUCCGUCGUGUGCUCUGGAGGCUCUCCAAGGGUGCUCCCUAACAGCACUUGCCCCAACACCCUGACAGAGACUAUAUGGGGAAUCUUUGUCUGUAGCCAAAUGUGUGUGGCUGUUGACACAGGUUCGGGAUGCGCUUCUCUGGAGCGUCUUGCAAUCCGUGGAAUACGGCAAUAGGACAAUAGUCAUAACCAUUUAGAGGUCGCAUUAGUCCACUGCUGGAUGGAGGCUUCCCCACACCGCUCGGGUCAAUCAUCGGGGUGGUUUUACCUUCACCACGCUAGUCCGUGCGAGUUUGAUGAAAGGGGUCGGCCAACCCUGAAUCUAUUUUCCAGCAUCCGGCACACCACGUCCUCUGUGCGUCUCGCUUUGUGGCUACUGCGAGCCACGUACCGCAGUACCAGCGGCCUGGGGAAUCUUCAGUGAGACGAUGUAGGCGACGUUCCUUCUUCAGGGCCAUGAAGAGAAGGGUCCUCGUCCGAAACGUCGGUUUCGCUGCCGUCUAUAUUGUCAAUUGUGUGGGACGAUAGCCAGCUGUCAAUGCGUGCGACCGGAGUGUGGCAGUCAAAAGAAGACGCGCCCCCCCCCCCCCCCCCCGUGGAGAUGGAGCGAUGAGGUCGGCUCGCGGGUGGGGAUCGGAGCACGUAGACGGCUUGUGGGGGGCCUUUGUCCAGCAGCGGAGAGACCAUGGCGGCGCGAUGACGAUGGAAGCCGCGGUGGUGAACGCGGUGCCGUGAGGCCUCUUUGUUUGGCGCCUCCCCAGCCCUCCUUCGCCCCCCCCCCCCCCCCCCCCCCCGCGAUUCAGCACCUCGUCGAUGCGCCAUCACUUGUGUUGCCGUUGCAAUGUCGCGGCCUCCAGUGGCUGGAGGCGCCGUGAACGAACUCGAUUCACAGACGCCCUCGUGGAUUGAAGCGAAUCGAUCGUUGCCGCCGACUCGAUGCGCGAAUCGUGCCCUCCGUAGACGAUAUUCAUCGAUGUUAAUCGGCGGAUUGCGUGACGCGAAGUGGGGGGCGGGGGGGGGGA